GAGCCCCGAGGGGCCGGAGCUCCUGGCGGUGCCGGAUCCUGACGGUGGCCUUCCCGCGGGUCUGCUGACCCCAUCUUCCGGUCUGGGCCGCGGCUGCAGCGGAAAGCUCGACUCUGGUUUCUGAGUCGAUUGUGACCAUGGCUGCUGAGUCUGAUGUUCUGCACUUCCAGUUUGAACAGCAAGGAGAUGUAGUCUUGCAGAAAAUGAAUCUCUUGAGACAGCAGAAUUUAUUUUGUGAUGUGUCAAUUUAUAUUAAUGACACUGAGUUCCAGGGGCACAAGGUGAUUUUAGCUGCUUGCUCCACUUUUAUGAGAGAUCAGUUUUUACUGACGCAGUCGAAACAUGUCAGAAUCACCAUCUUGCAGAGUGCAGAAGUUGGCAGAAAAUUGUUGCUCUCUUGUUACACUGGAGCACUUGAAGUUAAAAGGAAGGAGCUUUUGAAAUAUUUGACUGCUGCUAGUUACCUUCAAAUGGUUCACAUUGUGGAAAAGUGCACAGAAGCUUUAUCAAAAUAUCUGGAAAUUGAUCUUUCUAUGAAAAAUAACAAUCAACAUGCUGACCUGUGUCAAUCCUCUGAUCCAGGUGUUAAGAAUGAAGAAGAAAAUUCAGAUAAAGACUGUGAGAUCAUUGAAAUUUCAGAGGAUAGUCCUGUAAACAUAGAUUUCCACGUUAAAGAAGAGGAAAGCAAUGCUUUACAGUCUACAGUAGAGAGCUUGAUAUCAGAGAGAAAGGAAAUGAAGUCACCGGAGCUGUCUUCAGUAGACAUUGGUUUUAAAGACAAUGAAAUCCGUAUCCUCCGUGUGGAAUCUAUCAGUACUGGGGGUAUAGAAAAUGGGAAGUUUUCACAGCCUUGUACCUCUUCAAAAGCAAGCAUGUAUUUCUCAGAAACACAGCAUUCACUGAUCAAUUCUACGGUUGAGAGCAGAGUGGCAGGAGUUCCUGGGAAUCAAGAUCAGGGCUUAUUUUGUGAGAAUACUGAAGGAAGUCAUGGGACAGUGAAUGAGAUUCAGAAUCUAGAGGAUGCUUUUUCCCUGAGGCACCAGUGCCCCCGGUGCCCUCGGGGGUUUCUUCAUGUUGAAAACUAUCUGCGCCACCUUAAGAUGCAUAAACUGUUCUUGUGCUUACAGUGUGGGAAAACAUUUACACAAAAGAAAAAUCUCAACCGGCACAUUCGAGGGCACAUGGGCAUACGGCCCUUUCAGUGUACUGUAUGCUUGAAGACAUUUACUGCGAAAAGCACACUUCAGGACCACUUGAACAUACACAGUGGGGAUCGGCCAUACAAAUGCCACUGUUGUGACAUGGAUUUCAAGCACAAAUCUGCUCUCAAAAAGCACUUAACCUCUGUCCAUGGCAGAAGCAGUGGUGAAAAACUACCCAGGCAUGAUCUGGAAAGGCAAAAUCUACUAUAAUUAGGAUCACACCUUGCUGUGUAAGCUUUAUAUCAUUCUGUGAGGCAAGUCUUUCUGUAGAAAUGCGGCAUUUGUAAUAUUGCAUUUCCACCCCAAUCUUUGGGCCUUAUUUUUGGUCUCCCUACACAUGUUAUUCUUUCUGAACUUGUACUACCAGUUCCAAAGUGUGGGAGACAUGAUAAAGCUGAUAGGGUUCUGUCUCAUCUCAUACAUUAUAUACAAGUCCUAGUGAUUUACCUAGAGAAAUUGUAUUCCUCUGACAUAUUCUUGAUUCUAGUGACAGAGGAUCCAACAGUAUUUCCAGAUUCUGAUCACUAUAUAAUUGAUAUAAGUAUAAAGUCCAACCAUAUUUUAACUUUACUAAAUUAGGAUGAUGGGAAGACAAAAGCAAUUUUUAAAUAUACUACUUUCCAUUAUUAGUCAUUUUAAAAACAUAUAGGACUAGUUAACUUUUUUUUUAACCAACUAUAUUGAAUUCUAAACUAAACACCAAGGUAUCUAUUGUUUUCAACUAUAAAGGAGCACAAUUCAAAUUCACUUGAAAGUAGCAGAAUUUCCUUACACGUAAGCUAAUAUUCCUCACAUUAAUAUUUUCAUGAGUUAUUAGUAUACAUAUUUUAGAAAUGAUUAAUUGGGCAGGUUUCUUGAUUUUAUUUACUAUGGUUACAUUUAAUAAUUUUGUGGCCAGUAAAAUUAUACCAUUGGCAUGAAGCUCUAAGAUAUUCGUUCUGUUUCCUUGUUGAAAUUUGUUAGUUAACGUACAGUAAAUUUGACCUUUGUUUUUGGUGUACAGCUCUAUGAAUUUCUACGUAUGUACCGAUUUACGCAACCACCAGUGCAGUCAGGAUACAGAACAUUCCAUCAACCCUCCAAAACUUCUUUACGCUUCCCCUUGUAGUCAGCUCCUCCUCCUAGCACUAAACCGGGGCAGCAGUUCUCCAGCACUAUAAUUUUGCCUUUUCUGAAAUAUCAUAAAUGGAAUCUUAUAGUAUGUUCCCUUUUGAGAUGCUUUUUUCACUCAGCCUAAUGCCUUUGAGAUUCAUCUAUGUUGCUGUGUGUAUCUGUAGUUGAUUCCUUUUUUUAUCUUGAAUUGGCAAUAUAUAUUAGUUUUCUUACUGUCACUAGAUGAACAGUUUAAAUAUGGGUAGCUAUUAGUGUUCUCUCUCUUUUUUUUAAUUAAUUUAUUUAUUUUGGCUGUGCUGGGUCUUAGUUGCAGCAUGCGAGCUCUUAGUUGCGGCAGGCAGGCUUCUUAGUUGUGGCAUGCAUGUGGGAUCUAGUUCCUUGACCAGGAUCUAACCCGUGCCCCCUGUAUUGGGAGCUCAGAGUCUUACCCACUGGACCACCAGGGAAGUCCCUAGUGUUCUCUUGAUUAAUAACUUUUCAUUUAUAUUAAUGUAACUUUUAUUUACUAUGUGUUGACAAAAAUCCUAACCCUCCCUUGAGGGUUUUUUUUCUGUUUUUUUCUAACGUGUUUUAUCUGCCUUUUCCCCCUCAGUUUUAUUGAGAUGUACUUGACAUACAUCACUUUAUGAGUUUAAGGUGUACAGCAUAGUGUUCUUAUUUACAUGUUCCAUUGUCUCAUAGAGAUACCAUAAAAAGACAAAGCAAAAAAACAUUUUUUUUCUUUUUAUGAGGAUAUUGACUGAAAAAAUGCACAGCGUGAGAGUUGCUAUGAGGACUCUAAAGCUUAAGUGGUCAUGGAGGUAGAAGGGGCAGAAGAUCCAUCACAUCCCACACUGCGCCCUCUGGACUUCCUGUUAGGUGAGAAUGAUAAACCUCCUACUUCUUUCAGUCACUGUUUUCCAGGUGGUUUAUCACUCACAAAUAAAAAUUGUCUGCACAGGGAGGGCCAGGGCCAGGGCAGGGGAGGCUGCUUUCCUGUACCAUUAAACUACUCAUUUUAAGUUCCUGUCUUGAACAGGUUUAAGAUAAAAGUGUGCAGUUCUGUGGGCCACUUAUGUCGAAAACUAAGAUGUUUCCUCCUAACAAGUUGAAAAUGAUUUUAAUAAAAAGUUGUUUUUGCCAGCAGGUUUCUCACAUGUCGUGCUCGUGAGGCUCAAGCAAUUCAGUGGUUGGGAAUUUGGGUCUCCAAGUGGUUGCUGUUGGGCAGUGGUUGGAUACGGGAUCAUUUCUUUUUUGGAAGUUUACGAUUUUUUUCAGCCUGUCCUCCCAUUUUGCUGAGUCCCAAGGCAUCUUGAGAUGAGUUUUCUGUCUCUGAAGUACCACCUUGUCCUAACGAUUCCUUGCCAAGAUGUCCAGGUCUGCCCUUUCUUGCCAGACAGAUGGUCGAUGGAGGACUUGAUGCCCUUCUUCUUGGGGGCUUUGGGUAGCGAGUCCUGGCUGCUGUUACUACUGCUGGGGUUGCUCACGUGGCCAUUCCACAAGCCUUUUGAGUUGCGUGCAUCCCUGAUGUCCUUGGGGCUGGCUGUGUGCAGCCGGUCCAGCCAAAGGGACCUCGGGGAGGAGGGGGGCUGAGGUUCCACAUUUUAUGGUCAUCUUGUCAUCUCGUACCUCUUCUCUGGAAGCUGACAGCUUGAAAGGCUCCUUGCACAGCGCUGGCAGCUGGCCUUUCUGGGGGUGCCGCCACACCGAGCUGCUGCUGAAAGAGUUCGUGGGCCCAUCUGCCACAGGGAACCUGACAUCUGGGACGCUGCCCAAGUGGGGUUGGCCAUGGUGAAGGGGAGCCCCCUCAGCCUCGUCUGGUCCAGUUCAGCUCUCAAGACUUCCAGGUUUAGUCUUAGCGGAUUCUUAUCAUGUUGCAUUUCUUCUAACUGCUUUUUUGCAUUUUCAGCUUCUAGGAGAGCCUUCUCUGCCAGAGCAGCUGUUCUCUCUUUAAGAUGAAGCUGAAGCCUCUUGUUAUAUUCUGAAGGAAGCUUGUCAACAGUGUCUGAUAAACAUUACAUUCUUCAUUCAUCUUUUCUCUCUGCCUUGCCUUGGAGAGCAUAGCCACACUCUGGGCCAGCUCCGCCUCCACCUUGGGGAGCAUCUCUGCUACUCACAGGGUCUACUGCAGCUUCUGCUCUGCCAGCUCCGGGCCUUCUUGCAACUGGCAGUUUUUAGCCUCAGUUUCACGAACAUCUCAUUGCAAUUUCAUGUUCAUUUCCUCAGAUUUGAUGAGGUCUCCUCUGGCCGUGUACAGAUCUUCCUCCAGCUCUAUCACGUGAGUAGAGAGGGCUUCCAGGCGCUCCUUCAUCUGGUUCUGCUCUCUUGACUGCUUGUCUCUGAUUUCCUGGAGCUCCAUCAGUUUAGCAGGGUCUUCAUGAGAAUCAUCAGAAGAUCUCCACAGAAAUCAGGUUCCUGUAAGUCUCCACCAUCAUGUUCCUGUACAAGGCCCUUUGAGCAGGGUCCAGGCAUUUCCACUCCUCCUGAGUGAAUUCGAUGGCCACAUCCUCAAAGGUCAACCAUUCCUGAGUAAGAGUCAUUCCAGACUCCAGUUCUUUCCUCUUCCAGGCAUCCUCCUUAGGCAACAUGAGUCUUUAGAAGUCAGCCUUGACAGUUUGAAAGAGACUAUUUAAUGCUUAGAAUCAACAUACCCCCUUCCUGUGCCACAGCCACACAGAUGACCUCACCAUGUGGUAGACAGUCCUCUGCUGCCCACAGUCACAGGAGAGAUUCAGCACAGUAAACUCCCACACAGAGACCAACAGGUGAGGUUUCCCACACUUUCCUUCAGAUCACGCUCAUCAGGAGUUCCCUGGUGGCCUUGUGGUUAGGAUUCUGGGCUCUCACUACUGUGGCCUAGGUUCCAUCCCUGGGUCUGGGAGCUGAGAUCCUGCUAGCAAACAAACUUUCCAAUAUAUAAGAAGAGGAGAAGAAAGCACUCAGGCAUGGAAUAAAUCCAACCAGUAACAGCAAUGUCUGGAUUUACUUGGGGUGGAGGGCCGGGUGCUGGGAUUUUAGGUCCCUAGAGACUCUCAUACCAACAGGAAGGGUAGCGGGGUACUGUGCAGCACAAAUUUAUACUAGAAAUAAGCCCUCCCUAGAGUUUUUUUCUGUAUUUCCAGAAAUGUGCCAAAAGCAAAACCAUGACUGUGGUUAUUUUACUGACAGUAAUAUUUCAGAUUGUGUUAUGAGCCAUUGCUCUCUAAUAUCUCUGUCUACAUAUAACACAAAACUUUUUGUUGUUAUAACAAGAUUAAAAUAUAUUGCAGGGUAAGUCAUAUUUUCUAAAACACAGGAAAUAUUAGUAAAGAAGCUUGACUGGAUACACCUCAUUUCAAGAUGUCCUGUUCCUCCUCUACUCAGUCAGCUUUAUUUAGAAUUUCUGCUAUGUUUAAUUUCUGUGGAAGCCCUUCCACAUUUUAAAAUGUAACAUGCUUUGUACCAUUUAAUGAAUUUUGUGAUGAAUCACGUUGAUUGUUAUAAAUGUUAAAUAUCCUUUUUGUGAUACUUUUGUGAAAAGUAUAUUCUUUAUAGAUUUUUAACGCUGGGAGAGAUUUUAAAUAAUCCAGCUCUUGUAUUGGAUAAGAAAAACAGUUUCAUAACUCCCAGGUCACUAGUUAGUGACAUUGGGUAAGUCACCUCUCCUUGAGCUUUUCUUAAAUUUAUAUGUAAAAUAACAACUUUGAUCUUGAUAAUUUAUAAUAUCAUUUCCAGGUCUAAAAUUUUAUGAUUUUAUAUUUAAAUCUUCCUGAGUUUCUAAGAACAGAGAAGAGGGAAAAGCAAGGAAGGAGAGAUUUGUGUCUUUAUGAAUGUUGCUAUUUGAAUACUCCAUUAGAGACAGAAUUUUUCUAAAUUAAACAGUAUUUUUCUUCCACUGGAGAAUUUGAUAGCACAGCGCUCAAUUUUCUUUCCCGUUUGACCUAUGAUUGGCCAUUUGUAGGCAUGAGAACAUUUCCCUUUCAGAAAUAGUUUGUGAUUGAAGUACUUUUCUUAUUUUUGCUUCCUAGGAUGAAAUUUUGUGGGGGUGGGAUGGAAAUGGGCGGGGAGAGUAAAAGAAUAGUAAUAAACUUUUUUUUUUUAGAAAUUUGUAUCUAUCUUUGAUGUUUGAAAAAAAAUUAUGGUUGUACUAUGUUUAUGUUUUAUGUGUGCCUUGUAAGAUUCUUGUGAAACUUUUUGUAAGCACUUUGAGAUUUUUGCUUGGGGGGAAGGGGUGUUUUGUGAAAGUGAUGGUUAUUUAUUAUUAUUUAUUCCUGUUCAGUAGCACAGAGUGAUCUCAAGUCAUAGGAGAGUGUCUGUUUGCAUGAUGUGUCUAAACAAUUUCAGGAAAAUGAAACUUUUUUUAAAUGCAGGUAUGGCAAAGUAAAGUGUUGAAUUUAUUCACUGAAAACAUUCACUUAUACUUCUUUGUGUUUCCGAUAUGAUGGGAAAAAUAUGCAGUAUGUUUCGGUUCAGCCUCUUCAUUUACUGGAUUUAUGUAUAAAGGAUUUUGGAAAGACAGUUGUUACUUUGAUGUAAGAGAAAAUCCUUGCCCUUUUACCCUGGAUGUAACUAUCCUAUAUGUUUACAUAAGAAAUAAUAAACUGGA